UAGACUACCUUCUUCAGCUGUUCAUCAGAAGGGGGCUGGCUCCGAAUUGACUUUGUCAGGUGUUAAGAAGAAUUGCCUCAGGAAAGCCAGCGUUUAUUGAUCUGCUUAUGGAAAUAGCCUGUCGGAAAAUAAAGAACUAGGGAUCGCUAUAGAAGAGGUUCCACCCUGGGGUCGUGUUGGCCAGCUCUGCAUAACAAUACUGUCAGGUCACAAAAUGGAUCAUAUGAUCCUUACUGAGAUAUUUAUGAAGCCACCUUGUCAGUCUUUGUGUAAAUCACAAACGCAUCCAGAAAAAUAUAAAUUCCUGGGCAAUUGUAAGCUGGAGAAAGAGGCGUCUCGUGCAAAGGCAGCAGUGAGACAUCAACCCACAGGCAGAAAACAGUAAAUUUGUCACAGCCUUCUGAAUCAUGACCGAAUUGUCUAUCUGGAAAGACAGUGAGAUCAGACGUGAAGAUUCUAUUAUGGGCUCUGAUCACAAGGAGGACAAGAGUAGCUUUGGGCCCGAUCCGCUAUCUCCCACCGGACACCACCACAAGUUCCCCUCAUCCUCGUCCCACAGCCCCAAAGAAGUCUGGAAGAAAGGAGGGCGAGUUUUCUCUGUGCUCUUAGCAGUCAACUUGGUGCUGCUGGCCUGCACUCUGGUCAGUGGUGGGGCAUUCCAAGAUAUAAACCUGCAUGACUAUGAUGUCUUUUUCAUGCUCACCAUUGUGAUGCUGAUCACCAUUGCCUGGAUGCUCUUCUACAUUUUCAAUACCUCAAGACGGCAGAAUGCCAUCCCUUGCAAGGACAACCAUGCAGGACCUAUCUGGCUCAGAGGAGGCUUGGUCUUGUUCGCAGUCCUCACACUGGUGAUGGAUGUAUUUAAGACGGGCUAUUAUUCCAGCUUCAGCCACUGCCUGUCAGUCAUCAAAAUCAUGUAUCCAAUUGUACAGGCUGUGUUUGUGGUCAUCCAGACUUACUUUCUCUGGGUGUCUGCCAAAGACUGCGUCCAUGUACAUCUGGAUCUCACCCGAUGUGGCUUGAUGCUUACCUUGACCACUAACCUGGCAGUGUGGAUGUCAGCUGUAACGGAUGAGUCAGUGCAUAAGGCUCAGUCGAAGAAUCCCAAUGCAAACAAUACACACAGAAUGGCUGGGUUCAGGAGCAGCCCAUCAGACAGUUGUCCCUGUGACAAUAAUCUUUGCCAGAUUUUCCAGAAUGGCUAUUUCUGGUUAUAUCCCUUCAAUAUUGAAUAUAGUCUAUUUGCUUCUGCCAUGGUGUACGUCAUGUGGAAGAAUGUUGGCCGCCUUAUAGACCACCAUGCCAACUAUGUCCACCAUCUCAAGUUCAAGCUCUUCAGAAGAACUUAUUUUUUGGGCAUCAUUGUGGGCCUCUUGAUACUGAUGACUGGCAUAGGAGUCCUGAUUGUGUAUGAGGUUCAGAUAAAUUCAAAAGACAAAUCUGAAGCAAAAACGAAUCAGGUGCUCAGUAUGUAUUACAUCUUCAACAUCAUUUGCUUGAGCCUCAUGUCCCUUGCCUCCAUUGGAGGCUCAAUUGUUUACAGAUUUGACAAGAGGGAUAUGGAUCGUCAUAAGAACCCAACUAGGACUUUGGAUGUGGCCUUACUGAUGGGUGCAGCCUUGGGACAAUAUGCCAUUUCUUAUUAUUCUAUUGUGGCUACAGUAGCCAGUAAACCACGAGACACUAUAAAUGCCCUCAACUUGAGCUACUCCUUGCUGAUGAUCGCCCAACACACUUUCCAGAACAUCUUUAUCAUUGAAGGCCUCCAUCGACAGCCUGUUCAUAAGGAUGACAAAGCCCACAGUCGGGAGAAAGAUAUCUAUGGACUCACCUUUGUCAACCUGAAUGCAGUAUCUCUCCGUGUCCCUGAGAGUGGAAGCAUUCCACCACCCGUUACACCCCCGGAUGUAUCUAUUCAGACCCCUCCUGAAGUAACACAGUGUAUAAAGAUUACCAAGAAAGUGAACUGGAGGAGAACAUUCUUAAAGGACAGCUCAUUAUUCCUCCUCCUCUGUAAUGUAAUUCUCUGGAUCAUGCCAGCAUUUGGAGCCCGGCCGCAGUUUGAUAACACGACAGAGCUUCGCUUCUACGGCUAUCCCAUGUGGGCAGCCAUUGUGGACAUCUGCCUGCCCUUUGGCAUCUUCUACAGGAUGCAUGCGGUGGCUAGCCUGCUGGAGGUCUACAUCAUGUCUUAAUGGAAAAUGAAGAACUUGUUAGAGAAACCCACAUUUCUCAAUCCUCCCGGAACUGAACACUCCAAGAGCUGCCCUGAAGAGGCUGAUGGUUGUGUUUUACUUGAGUGUGGGCACUGCUCAGUAGCUCUGGCAAUAUGCUGUUUUUGUGCCUCCCCUAGAUGCACGUUUCAUUUUCUUCAUUCUCCUACAGGCUGAUCACUGUCAAUUAUAUUUUCCCUCUACCAGGAACUGCUGCCAUGAACUCUGUAAAAGUGCAGAUAAAUUCCUGGCUUAUUCAAGGACUAUUUGAUGUCAGGAGAAAAAAAAUAAGGGAACACUAUUUGGGGGGGGGGGAAAGAAUGAAAGAAAUGUUGGUGUUCUUGUACCUUGCUGUAGUUUAAUGCACUGUUUCCUGUUUUGCCCCUCUGGCCCUUUUCCCACAGAUUAAUGAAGGCCUCAGGAGCUUGACCCUGUUAAAGCUCACACUUCAUAAGUAUCAUCCUGAAAUCUCCCAGGUUUCAGCGGAACUUGUUUGUUGUCCUGAAUCAGGGCCUGUAGACUGUUAGAACCUGUGCUUAUGCUAUCAAGAGGGUAUUAAGAUAUGCUAGUUUUAAAGAGUAGUUGAUUUUUUAAUGAUCUUGUUUUUUAUAAAUACUGUAUGUAUACAUAUAUUUAUUUUCAUUGUGACAAAAGAAGAUUAAGAGGGAUUUAUAAUGCAGACACCACAGAACUCCACGCAUGCUGGCCAUGCUUCAACUGCUGGCCUGCCUGAGGAGGUCAGGGCCCCCUGGCCACUUGUGAGGGCAGAACGUCUCAUUCGCCCCUUGACUCUUCCAGCUCAGUUGAAGGGGCUCUGUGGUGAUGUGGUGAGGUAUCUGUAAAAACCUUUGAGGUCCUAUGUACAACAGGAGUUGGUUAGCACUUCUUCCCAAAGCCUUCUCUCCCACAACCUCACUUCUAAUCCAGUGUAUAUCCUGGGGUGACACUCUAACCUAUAAAGUGCAAUUCCUGAAAAUAUUCUUCUGCGGUGGGAUUGUCAUGCCACGGAUUGUUCAUAAACACUGUCACUGUCUAUUAAGCGAUUAGGGCUCAUUCCUUUACAACACUCUUACUCUACAACAUUGGACUACAAAUCGUGUCAGCCUGCAACAGAAGAGCCAGUGCUGUGGUGAUGAUGAUGGUGGAAGUUGUACUCAGAUAUACAGUAUUUGGAAGACAUCCAGUUGGGGAAGGCUGUUUUAGGAUGCCAUUUUGUUGGCCAUUGUUCAGACAGGCCACCCCAAGCUUUGGUUGGGGGUGAUCCAGAGAGAACCUUGGGCAACUCUGAUUCAAAUUCAGCCACCUUAAAACUCUCACGUGAUUUAAUAACAUUCUGUGGGUGAGUUUUGGAAGCAUCGCUUGCAAAAUUAGUAAAGGUAGGCAGAAUCGCUUACCUCCAUCUCCACCCAUAACUUAUGCACAACAUAAUUCCACAGAUCCAAAUCUUGUAACAGAAUAUCCACAAUAUUUGUGUUAGGAGUUUUGAAGAUUUCUGGUGAUGAGCCUAACAGAAUCUGGAAGGUUUGGGCCAGUUUAGCGCCUUUAUGAGUCCACUAGGCUUCUGCAAAGAAUCGCAAGGUGACCACAAUUUGUCAUGUUGGCACACUACAUACACCAUGAGGACUACUGUCUUGGGUGAAGCCUUCCAAACCCAUGCUGCCAGAUUUCUGUAUGUUCCCAGUAUAUUCCACCAGGGUGCUACUCUGUCUAAAAAAACAAUCAAAUUCUUUCCGGAGUAAAAUUCAGCAUCACUAGCAGAGUGAAGAUUAAAUAUAUGUAAUACAUUGGAAGAGUUUUCCUGGACUUGCUCUUAAUUCUUCCUUAUGCAGUGCCUGCUGUUCACAGGAAAGAUUGGCCAAAACUCUAUAGUAGGAAUUUUGGGAAGUGAGACUUGGAAAAUCAUGUCACCCCCCCUCCCCCAACCACCUUCACUGGCAGGAUUUUUCUUUCUUAUGAAAUUGUACUUGACAAUGGAAAGAAAUGGUCUUUUGCUGCUUGGAAAGUGACAUGGGAGGUGGGGAGAAGGAUGGUAAAUUACAAAACUUUUUUUCCACAAAAAUCUGAAAAUUGUAAAUGAAAAAAUAAAA